CAAAUUUAACAGCUCACUUGUCUUCUCCCUUCAGCAAGAAACCUGAAGAUUAAUGAGAGCUGUUGUCUGGCUGAGAGCUGUCCUCUGGCACUGGUGGCCUCUAUCAUCCUCCUCUGAUAAAGACAGUGCUGUAAUGUCUCUGAAAACAACACAGGUCACAUAAAACCAGCUGAAUGCAUGAGGUCAUGAGCUCCUGUUUGACUGACAGCAAGUGAAAGAUAACACUGCAUGCGGAUGAGGAAGUGUCUCUUGUCAGCUUUCCUCUGCAACAGUGCAGCCUCCAGAGGAGCCACUUUUUAAGGACAGAAAGUAAAAGAGCCUCUUCUGGAGCCACAGAUCACCUGUGAGGAGAAAGAAGACAGACACCUGUUGGUUAGAGUGGUUGUUUUCCAUCAGCAAAAAGGAUGGCGUACAGAGGCAGCGUUAGACCCUUUGUCAACUUCAACGCCAAACACGAUGCUGAAAUUCUCCAUAAAGCCAUGAAAGGAAUCGGUACAAAUGAAGACGUGAUCCUGAUGCUUCUGACGGCACGCAGCAACGAUCAACGCCAGCAAAUUAAAGCAGCGUACAAAAAGGCGUAUGGAAAGGAUUUGGUCAGUGCACUGAAAUCAGAGCUUGGUGGGCUGUUUGAGAGUCUGAUUGUGGCCUUGAUGACCCCGUCUGUCUCAUAUGAUGCCUCCCAACUGCAUAGGGCUCUCAAGGGUGCCGGGACUGAUGACGAAGUGCUGAUUGAGAUCUUGGCUUCCAGGACCGGCGAACAGAUUAAAGAUAUCGUCAAAGUGUACAAGAAAGAGUUUGGUAGCAAGCUGGAAAAAGAUAUCUGCGGUGACACCUCAGGGCACUAUCAGAAACUACUGGUGAUCCUCCUGCAGGGGAGCAGGGAGGAGGGAGUAGAUGAGGAAAAGAUCGAGAAAGAUGCUAAGGACUUGUAUGCUGCUGGGGAGGGCAAGUUUGGCACAGAUGAGGAAAAAUUCAUCACAAUUCUUGGCAACAGAAGCGAAGAGCAUCUCAGAAAAGUGUUUGAUGCCUACAAGAAGCUCUCUGGCUCUGACAUAGAGGACAGUAUUGAGGGAGAGACUACUGGGAAUCUGGAGGACUUAUUGCUAGCUGUUGUGAAAUGUACCAGGAGUGUCCCAGCUUUUUUUGCUGAAUCACUAUACAAAUCCAUGAGGCGGGCUGGAACUGAUGAUGACACCCUGAUGAGAAUAAUGGUGUCGAGGAGCGAGGAGGACAUGUUGGACAUCAGAGCCAGCUUCAAAGAGAAAUAUGGCACCUCUCUGUACACCACCAUCCAGGAGGACACCAGUGGAGAUUACCAGAAGGCCUUGCUUUACCUUUGCGGUGGAAAUGAUUAAUGCUGUUUUACGACGUGUUCAGCAGCACUGAAGGAUGAGCCACCGUGGUGCUGCGAGACAAAGCUACUAUUGAUUGAGAGUUGUUGAUUCUUUCUGACUUUAGCUUGCUAUUGAUUGAAUUAGUGUGAAUUACCCGCUUGUCAUUCUGACAUAUGACAAUAUCUGCUACGUGACUAGCAUUCACUUAAAAGUUAUCUAGUUUUUCUUUAAUGUCAGAUACAAUUUUAUCAGAAAACAGCUCAAACCAACACACAUAUUGAGCAAAGUUGAUGUUUUGAAUAAUUGUAACCAUGUUUGAAAUACUUAAAUAUUUGGUUCAUUUUUGAAAUACCUAGAUUGUCUUUCUUUUUCUUGUCAAAUUUACACACAAUUAGUUAGUUGUUUACCUUAUUUGUGCACAGUGCUCACUGCAUGUGUUAAAUGCAACUUAGAAAAUACAAUACUGCUGCUGAAUUAUUAAAAACUACAUGUCGACAGUGCACCGGCUCUCAUUAAUUACAAAUGAACUGCUGAUCCCGACUUGAAUUGCAAUGCGGCUGUCAGUGAUCAAUAAGUAAUGGGACGAUAUUAGACAUUUGUUGACUCAUAUAGAGACAUCUAGUGCCUCCAUAUCUUUCUGCAUGAUGGCGCAUGUUGUCAAACAAACUGGGUCUUUAUAUCAAUAGAUAGGACAUGGCUUCGCUUUGCUGGAGUUGCACCACAUGGUGGCAGCAAAGCCUGUAAUUGUGAUGCAUUCUGAGACAUGAUGAGUGAUGUUAAAGUAAGACUUCAAAAAGAGUAACAGUUUAAACUUAUUGACUUUAUUAGUUAUGAUUUUCCUACUUGAAUUGGUAGAAAACUCACUGUGGAAAAUGAUGUUUUAUUGUCUUGUGGAUAACUUUGUGCAAAUGUCCCUGUAAUGCAUCUGAACUAGAAUUUAAAAAUAAAGUUCUGAGGUUUGUUAGGCCUGAGGUUUUACUAAUUACAUAUUAUCCAGUUAUUUGCACCAUUUUAUCUCUAUGAUUCUAGUUAAAUGCACAGAGAUCCAAGACAGGGUGAUCUUCGAGGGAGCACACCAAUUAGAGUAGCGAGUUUGUUUACUCCCACACAGCUAUGUAAAUGACUAUCUGAGUUUGGAUUCAUAAAUUCAUCCUAAUGAUCACUUAGACGCAGACUUGUAUUACAUAAAAUUAACCCAAGUGAUUUUUCACAGGUGUCUGCGUAAUUCAGAGCCCCUCCUUGCAUUUAACAAAUCUCCAUCUGCCAGACGUUGUGUUACUCAAAAACCACCUGAAGGUUCAAGUUGGAAAACGUUUUCAUGUAUUGGCAUGCUUUCCCUUGGAGGUUGCUGCUCUCUUUGCAGACAUGUAUUCAAUCCAGAUCCCUGCAAAAAGACUCGUAAAUUGAUGUUACUUUCGCUCUGUAUCUAUAGUCACAGUGGAAUUUCUCUCGCUG